AUGACGGAUUCCGACCCUCUGACUGCCUUCCUGCCAUUGGAUGAACUGCUUCAAGUGAUAUACCAAGGUUCAUCACGUUUUGUCGUGCUCUCAAGCGUAGAUGACACGAGUUGGACGGUCCACAUUGGCCUUACAGGGGACGAAGGUCGUUGGUGGCGCGGACGUUGGACGGACGAGGACAUUCGCAAGGGCGCCGUAAACGCAACAUCCAUGGAUGACUUCGCAGAUUCCCUCGCCGACGCUUUCGUGCAGGGCGAACUAUACAUAGGCAACUGGAGCUCCCGAAAGGGUGCACAUAUCGACUUUGUCCUUGGUACGAACACGAGCUCUCCGGCCCAUGUCCCGCUGGUGGAGUUGUCGCCCGAGGAAGCCGCGGCAUUCGCGACGAAAGUUUUUGCUACUAUCGCUGUUCAAGCUCAGUCGCGCAAAUGCCGGCUGCACCCAUCACCAUAUGAUACACCUCGUGUCAAGAGCGGUGUUACUGCGAGUGAACCCGCUGGUGCGUUUGAUUUACGGACGGCAAGUUCGACUGACAAAGAGCAGCGUACUUUGUCCGAUCGGAAGGACGAAGAAAUUAAAGCGCUGAAGGCAGAGCUAGCAAGGGAGAAGAGUAUACGCUCGAUAAGUCCAGAAUCACCGGUGCAGAAGCACAAGCGACAGGCGGAAGAAGAACCUGAAACACCCCCGAACACAUCGAAGCUCACGAAAAGCACAUCAAUCCAAGAGACCUCCAAACUCAAAUCGAUCGCAAAGAGCACUCUCCCUUCCGCCGCUACGACUCACAGAGGCGCCUCGCUCGCGAACCCUUCGCAAAAGGCGCGCAAGUAUCAAGCUCUGGAAUUCGGCAGCGACGAGGACUGA